AUGGACAAGACACCGUCGACCGAUGUCUUUGGCAAGGAUACCUUUUUGACAUCGCUUCGCGACGGCGACGACAAGCGCCGAUCCGGCGCCUACUCGCCCAAAGGCAUGGUCAGUGUGCGCGAGCGCUACGCCCAGCUGCACGACGUCGUUGGGUCGCUCUCGGAGAAGAUCACGGCGGUGCUGGUCCGCCAAGAGAAGGACUUUCUCGCUGCGUACCGCGCCCACAUGUACAACGUACAGAAGGAGCUCCACGAUACAAAGGAAAAGGUUACGCGCAACGAGACGAUUGAGAACAAGUCGGAGAAGAUCAAGCUCCUCGAAGAAGAGCGCGACUGGUAUCGAAAAGAAGCGCUGCGCCUCGAUGCGUUUACGACCAACAUGAAGAAGGACCUCAAGCACAUGAAGGAGAAGCUCGAGUCGAUCGAAGAGGACCGCGACUGGCUCGAGAAGCAACUAAAAGCGUCGAAGAAACAAAACAAACUCCUUCGCGCCGAGCUCGAGAUCCGCCUCGCCAACCUCUCGACGCAACAGAGCGACAGGACGCUCUUUGAACGUCCAUCGUCCCCCGCAGAAGACGCCAACGACGGGCGCGCACUCGGAGACAUGCAGCUGCCGCUCGCCGUCGUCGAGCGCGAAGAGAAUUUUCGAAAGCAAAUUCGCCAACUCAAGCGUGAGCUGCAACAGUCCAAGCGCGAUGUCAACCGCCUUCGGUCGGACAACAGCAAGCACGAUGCCAACCAGCUCGAAGCCUUCUUCCUCUUGAGCAUCGAAGCGGUCAAGCGGGACAUGGUGCGGCGCAAGACCCAGGGGCGCGAACCCAAGUCGACGCGGGCAAUCGCACCGCUCAAGACCGAGACCACCACAGACUACGACCCGGAGCUCAAGGACUUUACAUCGGCCGACCGCGUCCGUGUCAUUGAGCGCCUCCUCGCCCACGACGAAGUACUCUCGAUCCUGUACGACAAUUUGUUUCCAGAGCACAAACCCGAGAGCGACGAGGGCAAGCAGCGCGAAAUACGAACCCCGCCUGUGGGCAGCGCCGUGGCGGCCGUGCGGGACGGCGGCGGGCUGCCGCUCGACGAGUCUACCUUGGCGUACCUCAAGCUAAAAAAAUAA